AUGCGUAUGCUGAGGUGGAUGAGUGGUAAAACUAUGAUGGACAGGAUAAGAAACCAGGAGUUCAGGGAGAAGUUAGGAGUCACACCUUUCUCAGCAAAGAUGCGGGAUAACAGGUUGAGAUGGUUUGGGCAUGUGCAGAGAAAGACUCAUGACGCCCUAGUAAGAAGGAUCGAAUGCAUCAUAGUGGAGGGUAAGAGAAGACGAGAAAGACCUAGGAGGACGUGGGAGGAGCAGAUUAAAGAUGACCUGUGCGAACUCCACCUCUCUAAGGACUUGACCAGGAAUAGGGCCAGCUUUCAGAUAGUUGUUGGAUCCUCUCUCUUUGAAGACCCAUUAGAGCCGGGGGACUCUCUGACCGCACUCUCCUAA